CACUUUUUGUUCACAUAUUAUUGAUAGAGUCAGCUUCAGCUCUGGAGCCAUUGAACAGUUCACCUUGAGAUAGUCUUUGACGAGCACAAUUGCUAAUCGUCACGCCCUUCGUUUAUUGGUUAAUUUACCACUGCAACUAUCCUUGUUUUGAAAGUUCCGUAUUAAUAUUGGUAAUUUUUCACUGUCUUUGACACAGUUCCAUACUUUUGUUCCUACUGUAGCUGCCACGUUAACAGUACGUUCAUUCUGAAAGUCAACAGAACCGUAGUGGACAACGUAUCACAAAAGAGAUACAUCUAUACCAUUCAAGAGUAUCAUUCGUCAGAUAUUCCACCAUAUCUAUCAUAGUUUCAUUGUCAUAGCUAUUGAUAUAUCUAUUCCCACAAUCCAAUCGUCAUAUCCAUAUAUUCGCUAUGUCACACUCCAGAACAGACUCCAUAACGUCCUCUAUAGCCUCGACUUCCCACAACCAUCCUCAGAAGAUUGGACCUUGGAAGUUGGGAAAGACACUUGGAAGAGGAGCCACCGGCCGUGUACUUUUGGCUACUCACCAGACUACGGGCCAGAAGGCUGCCGUGAAAGUUGUUUCCAAGUCAGAGUUGCACGAUGAAGACCAGCCUGUCAGAAAGAACUCUGACGACGCUGGUCUUCCAUACGGAAUUGAACGUGAAAUCAUCAUCAUGAAGUUGUUAACCCAUCCCAACGUGUUACGUUUGUACGAUGUAUGGGAAACUUCAAAGGCUCUCUACUUAGUUCUAGAAUAUGUUGAAGGUGGAGAGUUGUUUGACUUACUUGUGGAAAGAGGUCCUCUCCAGGAAGUUGAAGCCAUCAAAUACUUCCGUCAGAUCAUAUUAGGUACAGCCUACUGCCAUGCGUUAGGGAUUUGUCAUCGUGAUUUGAAACCUGAAAACUUGCUUUUGGACGCAGCUUUGAAUGUGAAAUUGGCCGAUUUUGGUAUGGCCGCUCUUGAGAGCAACGGUAAGUUGUUGGAGACGUCUUGUGGAUCACCUCACUAUGCAGCUCCAGAGAUUGUUUCUGGCUUAAAGUACCAUGGUGCUGCUUCUGAUGUGUGGUCUUGUGGGGUUAUCUUGUUUGCAUUGUUAACAGGAAGACUCCCAUUUGACGAUGAAAACAUCAGAAACUUGUUGCUCAAAGUCCAAGCUGGUAAUUUCGACAUGCCUGACGAAAUCAGUCCUGAAGCUCAGGACUUGAUUGGAAGAAUGUUGACAGUGGAUCCUAUCAAAAGAAUCCCCACCGAAAAAGUCUUGAACCAUGCCCUUUUGACCAAGUACCCCAUUCCUAACGAAGAUUUGAUCUCUGUCAAGUCGUUACCUCAUCCAGAAACAGCCUACAAGUCGUUGGGUUCUGCCAAAAACAUCGACAAACAGAUUUUGUCAAAUUUGUCCAUCUUGUGGCACGACAGACCACAGCAGGAAAUCAUCAAUUGCUUGUUGAAAAAUGGGCCAAACCCCGAAAAGACCUUCUACGCCUUGUUAUUGAGAUAUAGACACAACCUGGACGAUGCCAGCUCUGGCUCGCCUAAGAAAUCCGCUUCUUUUAACGCCAAAAGAGGAAUGGUUCGUAACAGUUCCUUCAGAAACACCCCUAAAAAGGGUCAAGGGAUCAGUGUGUCAAGGCCAACGUCUUUCCAGUACAGAAACAAUAAUAGAAACUCGGUUUUGACCACUAAUGGAAAGAUACUGGCAUCCUCCAGUGUGAACAACUCUCCACAUAAGAGAUUCUCGUACGGGUAUUCUCCUUCUAGAUCUCCUAGAAAGUACAACCAACAGGAGGGUCGUAUUCCUGCUGUACCAAAGAACAUCUACAACGAAAUUGUGGCAGCACAGAGAGAGGGAGCCCAAAGAGAACUGUCCUACAGCUCCAUGCCUCCUUCUUUGCCCUCUAAAGAUAGAAAAGAGAUACCAGUUGUUGAUGAGGUCAGCGACUUGAUUCCAUCAGCCAAGAUCUCCCCUAACAAAAGAAGUUCAAUGGUGAAUAGAAGCGCUUCUAAGAGAAUGUCCAAGAGAAAAUCUAUGAGAGCCUCCAUGACUUCUGGACUCAAGAGAAACUCAAUCACAAUGAAGUUGUUGUCGACAUACGCCAAGUUAUCUGGCGAUUCCGAAUGGGAAUACGUAGAUAAGCAAGCCAAGAGAACUUCUGCCACGUUUGCAACUCUCUGUGACAAAAUCUUCAAUCAGGAAGAAUACAACCCCGAAGACGAGUUGUUAAUAGACGAAGAGGAAAAGCAAGCAAAGGAGUAUGAGAGGUUGAUGGAAAUCGAAAGAAAGAAGCACGAGGCUGAGUUGAAGGCUAGAAAGGAGUUAGAGAAGAAGAGAAAGAGACAAAAGAGAAAGUCCUUGUUGAGUUCGAAGAAGCUCAGCAUUUUGAUCAGAGACGAUAAUGCUGCUAACAACAGCGAGAUCGAUAUCGUGGACAAUCUGUCUGACAUUCGUCCUACCAAGAGGCAGUCCAAGAACUUAUCUGCUUUACGUUCGCUAUCUGAGGGAGCCAAUGAAGAUAGCGACGACUUAACUUACAAAGAGCUUGAAGAAUUGAAGAGAAGAUCGGUAACACAACCUACUCAGAGAAGAAAACAGACACCUAUUCUCACCAGAAGACCAGUGUCUAGGUUAGAUCCGUUGUGGCAGGCGUAUGAGAACGAUGAGCUUGACAGAGCCCAGAGCACCUUGGAAGCAGAGUGGAGAGAAUCUAACUUGAAGAAGUCUGCGCUGAAGAAGAACAGAGAGUCGAUGGUUCAUAAGAACAGAAGAGAAUCUGUUAUUUCUGUCAUUGAGGAUUCGAGAAAAUGGGAACAGAAGCAAGAAUUUGAAUUACCUGAACCAGAUAAGGACACUACAGACUUGAGCGAAGAAUACAUGUCUGAAAUCCGCAAGUCCAAGUUGUUGAAUUCCCAAUUGAACUUGAAAGGCAACCUUAAAUCUAGGGAAGACUCUGGUCCAAAGACUUUGAUUGGCAAUGUAAAGAUUCCAAAUGUUACUAGAAAGUCGAGAAACUUCACCAACUCCAACAAGAGAUUGUCAGUGUUGUCGAUGUAUUCAACUAAAGAGUCUUAUCAUGACUUGAAGUCGUUUGUAAAUAACGAGGAAGAUGAGUACAGUUCUAAGAAAACCACUUUGAGGACUUCCUUUGCUGAUCGUUUGGACAAGGCUGGAUUGGGAGAAGCUGAUGAGGACGAUCACGAUUUCGAUCAAGGUUCCAUCAUGGAUUUCGACGAACAUUUGUCUAAUAAGAGAUACUCUUAUCACGACAGUAAGAGACUCUCCAAGAUGGGCGAAACUGGCGCCAGACCAACAUCCAAGAUUCCCAACUUACCAACGGAAAACGACUAUGACGACACGUUUGUAACAAAGGAUGAUCAAGUUCACAGAAGUAGCCGUCGUUACUCAAAUAAGAGCAGUAAACCUCUUUCUGAGGAUGAUACUGAGAAUGAGGUGGAUGUGUUUGACAAAAUCAAGUUGCCGGAAGAAGAGUCUCAACAGAGCCAAAACCAGAAGCCUGCUCAUAUUGUCAAGCCAAUGGUCCCUAGUGCUGAAUCAAUGUUGAUCCCUGAUGUGAAAAAUCUUCCUGAUGAUUCACAAACUCAAACGUAUCCAAGAGUACGUCCUUCUAAGAUUGACAAACAAACCGAUACGAUUCCACCAACUCCUCCAAUGCACAAAAACAGGAAUUCAAAGAAGCCUUUGGAAGAUUCCACCAACAAGCCGGAUGUUCAGCAAAAGAGAAAUAGAUCCAUUUUCAGAAAAUUGUCCUGGGGUUCCAAGAAAGUGUUGGAGAAUGAUCAAUUGCCUACUCCAGGCGACUCUAGAGUUGCCUCUGCCGCAGAAAAAGAAAAGCCUAGAUCCAGCUCUUUCUUUAGAUGGUUCUCAUCGUCCUCCUCUUCUUCUGAUUCUCCUAAGGAUUCAGAUCUCAAAAGAUUCAAGACUAUCUUGCCAAAGCAGGAAAUGGAUACUGCUUUAUUUGCCUUGUUAAACUCCUGGUCAAACUUUGGUUUGAAGAACUUGAGAAAUGAUCAAGUUGGUUAUAACAUCACUGGUGCUAUUUCCAGUAACAACUCGUUUAACUUGAAGAGCUGUAAGUUCAGAAUCAAGAUCAACGCAAGAGAAUUUAACCAGAAAUCGGAAAUUGUCUGUGCUAGAGUCAAAGGAUCUAGGAAUACUACGGAAACCUUGUUCAAAGAAAUCGAAAAGGUCUUGCGUAAGGAAGGUGUCAUGGACGAAUAGAGUGACAUUUGUAUAUUAAUAACUUUAUAAACAAUAAGUAAAUUGUAAAAUCGGAAUGCUUUAAAAACGU